AUGAAAUCCUUUAUAGUGCUCUUGGUGACGAUAUGUAUGCCUGCUCUGGGAUAUUACCACGAGCCCAGUAUGACAGUUAUCUCCACUGAAACCCUUGGAUUGAGAAAGCAAGCUUUGUUUGGAUAUAGUACAACCUACCAGGAUCAACACAGGCGGUUAAUUGUCGGCGCACCACGGGCGGACGAUAUAGGGAAAAUAUUUUAUAUUGACAUUAAUUCUGGGAAUAUUAAGGAGACACAGUUUAUCGUUAUGCCACAAAAUUACAGACAAAACUUAACGCAGGAUUAUUGGCUUGGAGCCACAGUUAGCUCCACUAAUUCCUAUUUUAUAACAUGUGCCCCAAGAAGCUUAGAUUUUGAUUACAAUGCAAUGUAUAAAACAUCAGAAUGUUACUUUGGAAAAACGCCAAAUGCGCUUUAUUUGUUGCCGAAACUUGACGAUGGAAUGUUGGGAAGUUUUAACGGACACAUUACCACAUUCGGAUGGAGCAUUGCCUCAAACUCCAUGAUAUUAAUGGGCAGUCCUGGGAGUCAAGUUGGUGGCGCCGUAUUAUGGAACCCACUCAAUAUUGAUACACUAGGAAAUCCUGAAAUCAUCUUUAAUAGGCAUAAAUAUCCAGGCUUCGGUUAUAGUGUAAUAAUUGGCAAGUUCCUGUCCGACAAUGUUUCUUUUGUCAUCAGCACUACGUAUGGCGAUUAUGGACAGGGAAAAAUACUUUUCUACGGUAGAAGACCAUAUCUUGGAUACGCCUUAGAACAUGAACUGUCGGAUGGCGAGGUUGGGUCAAAGUACGGCGCUGUAAUGACAGCGGCAAAUCUUGGUGGCGCCCGCCCAAGCCUCCUUGUGGGCGCACCUACGUUUAAUGAAGGUUCCGGUUUUGAUAGAGGCGCGGUGUACUUGUAUUUACAGAAUUAUGAUACCAACAUAUUAUCGCUAAAAAGAAUAGUGACAGGAACAGAAAAUGGUGGAUAUUUCGGCGCUGCAAUAGUUAGUGUUGGUGACAUGGAUGGCGAUGGUCUCGAUGAGGUGGCUAUAAGUGCUCCUUAUGAAAGCGGGGACAAGGGUGUAGUGUACUUGUACUCCGGCGCAGGUUUGAUUGCGGGUAGGAAGUGGUUUCAGCGAAUACAACCAGCUGGUUUUAACACUUUCGGCUUGAGCCUCACGGCGAUGGACAAUCUUUCCGAUAAUGGGUGUAAAGGAAUAGCCAUUGGUGCUCCGGGCAGUAAUAAAGUGGCAAUAUUUCGAGGCAUACCAGCAGUUACUGUAACGUUGUUCACAACAUUUCCCAAUUUACAGAAACGUCAAGAUAAGACAGCGUUUCAAUUUAGCUCUGGAUUGAAAAUUCAGUAUCCAACAAGCUUGAAGACCUGUGAGGCUAAUAUAUCAGUAACAAUCGAAGUGAUGCAUCCCAGUGCAAAGUUAGCAGAUGCUAAUUCGGAUGGAAAGAUAAUUUUCUUUAAAUCAUUGGAAACAAAACCAAGUGUCUUAAAUAAAGCUGUCAAAGUAUUAACACCGAUUGGAGGUUAUUACAACCAGGAGAUUUCAUACAAAAUAUCGGCCAGCUUGGUUAAAACGCCAUCUCAGCAGACGGAGUUCAGACCAUCUCAAGUGAUGCUGAGUGAAUCGAGUAUUUUGACUCUCUUCGGAUCUGUGUCAGCGGUGGAUUGUGAGGGGACUUGUACUCCGAACCUUAAAGCUAGCUUGGCAACUGCUAUAGCUCGUCCGUACAUAUCAGGUUCAUCGGCGAAUGAAACAAUAUCGAUAUCUGUGAGAAAUGACGGCGAAACUGCGUACACGUCCUGUCUUGUUAUGCGUGUGAGUCCUGUCUUGGUGUUAAAGACUCCUGAGGAUUGUGUUCGGGCAAUAGGUGCGGAGGUCCUGACUUGCAAACCAAGAGCUAGUUUGGGAAAUGCAGCGACUUGGAAUACUGGUGACAUAACUCUGGAAACUAGUACUUUGACAAACGCAGACGAAUCGAUUAUAAUCGAAUAUGACAUUUAUGACCAUUGUGAAAAGCAAUCUAAUAGUACAAGGAAACAUUAUGAAGAAAUUUUCGUCGUUCAAACUGUUAGUGAUGGUAUAAGCAUAGAAGGGACAUCGAACUCUGAAGAAAUAGUAAACGUCACUUUACGAGAUGUGGAAGUUGGGAAGCAUUUGGAACACGUGUACAAGAUAAGCAACACGGGACCAACCCGCUGGGUAGGGAUCGAUUGUAAGGUGCAACUACCAAAAAUAGUAUACAAGGGUGUAAUCGAAAUAUAUGUGAUGGUAAAAACUGAAACAUCUACAUCAAACUGCACUAUUGAUGAAGAUAUCACAUACGCAUCGUGUAGUAUUCCCGAGCUACGUAUAAACGAUGUAGUCAGUGUUUAUGUCAGUAUUUUUGCGCUACCCACCAAAUUAGAUAAUAUUAUACAAAAACAAGAUAUUAAAUUAAAUUCGAAGAUAACAUUAGCGCUUGGAAAAGAGGACAAGUCUUUUAGUAUCACUAACACUCUCCAUUAUAACUGCGACAUCGUAGCAACGUGGAUCAUUGUAUUGGCUGUUUUAUUCGGUCUCCUCUUGAUUGCUAUUUUAAUAUACGUACUUUAUAAGUGCGGUUUCCUAAAAAGAAAGAAGAAACAAGCAGCCGAGAGCUUCAGAAAAACCAUUAAAGACUAUAAAAGAUUGACACCCCAGUUUUGCGAAGCGACUCAAGCUCCCAUUGAUGACCAAGACUGUUCAUGA